AUGUCGUGCGCCUCCCCGGCGCUCGCGGCGUGCGCCGCGACGCGGGUUCGGACCCGCGGCGAGGGCGCCGCGCGAUGGAGACUCCCGCCGUCUCGAUCCGGCGUCGCCCCUCGCGCCGCCCAGUCCGCGACGGCCAACCCCGCGCGCGGCAAGGACGUCUCCCCCGAGGAGCUCGCGGAGCAGAGCCUGGAGGCGUGCGGGUGGGGCGAGCUCCUCGAGGACCUCGCCGAGUACGCCUCUACCCGCCUCGGGCAGGAAGCCGUGCGCGUGAUGCAACCCCCCGAGGGCGGCGCGUGGCAGAGCGAGAUGCUCUUGGACGAGACCGAGGCCGCGAUGGUCAUGGAGAACCACCUCGGCGCCUCCAUCGACUUCGGCGGCAUCAUGUCCGCCGAGGUUCGCCGCGCGCUCUACAAGGCGGAGAAGUACGCAUCCCUGGGCGGCGACGAGCUCGCCGCGAUGGUCGCCUUCAUCGCAUCCGCCGCACGCCUCAAGAAGACCGUCGAGAACGUCGCCGUGAACGGCGUCCCGCCCCCCGAGCUCGCCCCGCUGCGCAACAUCGUCGCCGCCAUGGCGCCCCGACCCGAAGUCGCGGAUGCCAUCAAGCAAUGCGUCGACGACCAGGGCGGAUUCAAGGACGGCGCGUCCCCCGAGCUCCGCCGCGCCAGGUCGCAGCGCGCCGCCGCGGAGGCUAAGCUGCGCAGGGCGCUGCAGAACGCCAACGGCCAGGUCACCACCCACCAAGGCCGCGUCGUGCUGGCGGUGACGCCGCCCGCGCCAGCCGGCGCGCUCGUCGUCGGCGUCGCCGCGGGGGGCGGCUUGGUGCUCAUCGAACCACCCGGGGUCGUGCUGCUCAACGGCCAGUUGGCGCAGUGCGUCGCGUCGGAGGAGAGCGCGAUCGACGCGAUACGGCGCAGGCUGACCAACACGGUGGCGGCGGCGACGCCGGACCUAUUCGUCGCGCUGGACGUGGUGACGCGAUUGGACGUCAUCGCGGCUCGGGCCAGGCAGGCGAGCGCGAUGAACGCGUGCAGACCGACGUUCGUCAUUCCGCCCGGUCGAGCGAUCGACCCAAUGCGUGGUUUAGGGGGAUUGGGGUUCAGCGGCGGCGUCGACGGGAGUUACGACGAGACGCGCGCCUUGAGGGAGGCGAGGGAGGCUGAGAAGGCGGCGAUGUUUCCGUCGUUGGUCGCGGGCUCGACGGGCGGCGGCGGCUACCGAGGGGACGACGGCGAGGACGACGAUUUUAACGACGGGGCUUCAUCCGGCGAGGAGGACGACGGUGCCGUGGAGCUGCUCGUCGAGCUCGCGGGGUUGCGACAGCCGGUGCUCGCGGCGCAGGCGAUCCGUGCGCAGCGGGCGGCUCGACGGGAGGCGGCGAAGCGGGCGGCUCUCUCGAAGAAGAGGACCGGGCUCGACGCCGAGGGCGGGGCCCCGACCGACGAUUCGGACGUCGACGACGACCUGUUGCUCGGGGUUGGACGGCGCGGCGUGGACCCGCGGACGUACGGCGGCGACGACGUGGCGCGGGUCAAGGGUCCGGCGCCGGUGGACGUGUUUGUCCCUCUCAACGCCCGGUGCGUCGUCAUAACCGGACCCAACACCGGCGGUAAGACGGCGGCUAUGAAAGCGGUCGGCCUCGCGAGCUUAAUGGCGCGAUCCGGGCUCUUCGUCCCGGCGGAGAUGGCGCGCCUGCCUUGGUUCGAUAGCGUGCUCGUCGACAUCGGCGACUCGCAGGAUCUCAUGCAGUCCCUCUCGACGUUUAGCGCGAGGCUCGCGAAGCAGAGGGCCAUCUUGUCCGCGGCUGGGCCCGAUUCGUUGGUGCUGAUGGACGAGGUGGGCACCGGGACGUCCCCGGCGGAGGGCGCCGCGAUCGGCGGCGCCCUGCUCGAACGGCUCGCGGGCGUCGGCGCGGGCGGCACGGACUUUAACCGCGCGGGCCUCACCCUCGCCACGACCCACCACGGCGAGCUCAAGGCGCUCAAGUACGAGCACCCCGGCGGCUAUUUUGAAAACGCCGCCGUCGAAUUCGACGAGGCGGCGCUCGCGCCGACGUACAGGCUGCUGUGGGGCGUCCCGGGGCGAUCCCGCGCGUUGCAAAUCGCCGAGCGGUUCGGUUUGGAACCGGCGGUGGUCGACGACGCGAGGGCGGCGCUGGGCGAGGGCAGGGCGACGCUCGAGGAGACCAUCGGCGCUUUGGAGAGCGCGAGAAGAGGCGCGGACGAGGACAUCAAGCGAGCGCUCUCCCUCCUGUGGAACGUGGACCGAACCGCGCCGCGGAUCGCGGCGGCGCAGGCCAGGGUGGACGCCGCCGAGGAAGCCGCGGACGUGAAACUCGCGUCCGGGAUCGCCCGGGCGGGACGCGAGCGGAAAACGAGGCUCGCGGCCGACGCGAGAAGGGCGCAGGUUGAAGUCGCCCGGGAAAAGAGAGGCGCGGCGCUGGCGUCGGGCGCCACCGAUUUCGCCACCGCCGCCGCCGCCGCGAGGGCUGCCGAGGCCGAGGCUGAGCGCGCGGCGGCGGCGGCGAAGCUCAGGCCUCCCGCGAAGGUCCCGAGCGGCUGGUGCCCCGACGUGGGCGACCCGGUGGUGGUGCUCACCACCGGCAUGCAGGGCAAGGUUCGCAAAGUCGCGGGCUCCGCGGUCACCGUCCAGGCGGGGCUCAUGCAGCUCAAGGUUGACGUCGCGGACGUCCGGCCUGAUACCGACGCUCCGAAGCAGCGAAAGGUCACCAACGCCCGCGCGCACAUGCCGGCGGGGACGAGGGCCGCGGCGAGGAUCGACGCGUUGAUGGGCGCGGACUCGCGACGAGGAGCCGCGGAGAGGAAGAAUUUCACUCCGCCGCCGCCGUCGUUUGGGUACGAUUUCGACGCCGAAGACGACGUGCCGACGACGGGGGAUAAGGUUCGGAUCAUCGGCGGCGCGAACAAGGGCGCGGUGGGGACCGUGGUCGUGGACGAGGGCGGUCUCCUGACGGUGCAGACGGGUCGCGCCAUGUUGAAGUGUCCGGUGGAAGGCGUGGAGUUUGCGUCGAAAGUCGGCGGCGGCGGCGUCGGCGGCGGGGGUGGUAAGGGCAAAAAGAAGAAAAAGGGCGGCGGACUCCCCUCGCCCUCCAAGGACAUCAGGAAGGCGUCGCAGGCUCCGAGCCCCAAGCCCUCGGGCGACGUGAACGACCUGAUGGCCAAAUUCAACCGCAAAUGA